GCGUGUUUAAAUUAGUCCCGGCACAACUGUCGUCCGCGCAACAUGUACGGAAGAUCGUUCCCGAGACCGGUGCUUCGAAAAUCGAAUUAACGUAUACGUGAGAGAGAUCAACGCUCGUUGCAUCUUGGGGCGUCUUUAUUUUUGUCGCAUGAACAAGCACGAGCUUUCUUCAUUUCGAUGUCCAUUUAAUCAUCCUCCUGACGAGUAACCGGCAAAACUAUCAUUUGUGAGAAGAAAUUGUCUCCUUUCCAUAAACUGCCAGGAGACGAUUCCGACGAUCGAUCAUCGAAAGUUCCCAGACGAUUGGAACUCGAUUCAAGUGCGACGGCUGAAAGAUGCUAGUGAUAAAUUGAUGUACGCCGGACGUGUACUUAAUUAUAUUCAAUCAGACAGGUAGAUAAAAAGAAAGCGAGAGAGAAAGAGUGGAAGGAAGACAAAUUGAUGGCCCUGAAAUCGAAAGUGAAGAGAACGAUAAGACUUGCCUAAAUGGUCGUAUGAGGAGUCAAGAAGGAACAGGAAGUAGACGAAGAUGCUGCUACUCAGGCUGAUCGUGACGUUGGGCGUGUGCUGGGCCGUCAAGUGCGAUCUAUUGGAUCUCUAUGUCCAGCACAUGGACGAGACCAUGAGGACGAUGUUUUACAGGGGUAAACGGCAUCCCAUGGACCCGGCCUCCCGCAUCAAGAGGAGCCUGACCGAGGUGGAGCCCGUACUCAGGGUCGGUAACUUCAAGAAGCAGCGCUUGAACUUCGACGAGGAUUGGUUGACGUACUGGAAGGCGCAUAAGAAGAUGUAUUACAAGAACGAUGCCUUGGAUUUUCCGAACAAGAGGGAGGAGAAUCUGGAUCCUGAUCAGCAUGAGAUACUGUCGAGCAAUUUCGAGAAGCCGACGACGACGACAUCCGAAGUUGCUACCGAAGCGAAUGCAUCGGUUCUGAUCGAGAUUGCGAAACCGACACCAAGCGUCGCUGAGAACAAAGUGCAGUCGAUUAUUCCGCACAAACCCAUGAUAAUCGAAGAUCGAGGAGAAGAAUUUGAGGACGAGUUGCCGGUCGGGCAGGAGCAAACAGCUGAACUCGACGAAUUGGCCAGCAGAGUGUCGGAGAAACUCCCGCUGGAAGACUCGAAGAACCUCGAAAUGGAAGUGGAGAACGAAGAGAAAUCGCAGUUCGAAGUCAUCAGCGAGAACGACAGGAUUAACCCGAAAGUGCUCGACGAUCCCAGUUUCAAGAGACCACCAAAGUCGUGGGGUCGCACGCCGAAGAAGUAUUUUCCUCUCGUCGACAAGCUAGUCAAGGAUGCGCGCGAGACGGAGAGUCGUGUUAAGGAUGAGACGGUGAGGACGAAGAGGAGUCCGCAGAAGCAACUCGGGAAGCCGAGGUUUACCAGGUACGAAGUCCUCGACGAGGAUGGCGAUGUCAUUCUCGAGUGGGAUCCCUCGGACGAAGAGGAGGUGACUUUCAGGGUCACCGCCAGAACGUUGGGCUACGUCGGCAUCGGUUUCAACGAGAAGAGUUACAUGAAGGGCGCCGACAUCCUGCUCGCUUGGGUAGACGAUCACACGGGCGCUGUUAACCUGCUGGAUUCGCAUGGUACCGAGGAGCCGAAAGCAGCGCCAGUUACUGACACGUCCCAGGACGUUCGAGUACGUUCUGGCUCGCAAAAUGGAACUCACACCAUCGUGACGUUCUCCAGGAAGUGGCAUACUUGCGAUCCACAGGAUCAUCAUCUUACGGGAGAUACCAUCAGGGUGCUGUGGGCCUUACAUCAGAACGAUCCGGAAUUGAACACGGCGGUCUGGCACGGCAAGAAACGGGGCGGUAGGGCCCUGAGACUGAAGACAGCCGCGACCCAUCCACCACCGCCACAAACGCGAAACAGACUGCAUUGGGAUGUAAAGUUCAGCCAGUUCUCAGUUUCGUCCAAAAUGGACACCACAUACUGGUGCAAGAUCUUCCAAUCUCCCCUGGAUCAGAAGCACCACAUGAUAGGGUAUACUCCGCUUGUGGAGAAGGCCAACGAGGACCUGGUCCACCAUAUGAUCCUGUAUGAAUGCGCGUCGACGUCGACGAUCCUUAGUCCCCAGACCAAGUUGGCCGGCGCUCCUUGCUACAGCUCGAGGAGCCCGAUGCCUACGGAAUGGGAAACGUGUAUGCAGCCCGUCCUCGCCUGGGCCCGCGGCAGUAAAGGCGAAUGGCUGCCGGAACACGUCGGUAUACCCGUAGCAGUGCACAGCAAUAACACGUAUUACAUGCUGGAAAUUCACUAUAAUAAUCCGCACAAGAGGGAGGUGAACGACAGCAGCGGCGUAAGACUUCACUUAACUUCGGAGCUCCGUCCUCAGGAAGCGGGCAUCCUCGUGGCCGGCGUGGCGGUGAGCCCCCUUCAUCUGGUACCCCCGAGGCAGAAGGCAUACGCCACCGCCGGAUAUUGCACUCCUCAUUGCACCAACACGAUGUUCCCCGAAGACGGGAUUAAUGUCAUAUCAGUCGUUCUGCACUCGCAUCUGGCCGGGCGGCGUCUCAGUUUGAAGCAUAUUCGUCAAGGGAGAGAACUGCCAAGGAUAGUCCAGGAUAAUCAUUUCGAUUUCGACUAUCAGCAGUCUCACACUCUGGAGAAGGAAGUGAAAGUAUUGCCUGGCGACGAGCUCGUCGCAGAAUGCGUCUACGGCACUUUGGAUAGGAAGACGCCGACCUUAGGUGGUUACGCGGCCUCACAGGAGAUGUGCCUGGCGUUUGUUGUGCAUUAUCCCAAGACACCUCUAGCCGGCUGUUACAGUAUGACACCUGUUAAGGAUCUUUUCAAGACUCUCGGUGUGGUCAGUUUCAAAGGAAUGUCGAUGGACGAGUUGGAGAAACUCUUCCUAACGUUGGGAACGGAUUCCUUGUCGACUAGCCAUCAAAUCUCCGCGGAGAGUACCGCGAGGGUUGUAGGCAGGAAUAACGAAACCGUCAUUAGAGAAACUAUGUCCGCAUUAAAAGCGAUGAGGGAUUACUCAGAGAAGCGCGAGACCGACAACGUCUUCACGCAACUUGUCAUUGAGGAGCCACCGGAGUUCCAAAAUCGAACUAUGGCGCAACACAUUCUGGCUUUGGCAUGGACGGACGAACUGUUGGCGAGAUCGAUAGAAACAAAUCUUUAUCAAGGCAGACAUAUGACGUUUUGCAGAAAAAGGGACGACAAAUUAGCGCUGCCAGCAGACAUUCAGACCUUCCCCAAAUUCAUAGCGCUACCGGAAGUAAACGACACGACCUGCGAGAUCUCCGGCUCUGCUGGAGCUUCUCACAUUAUCGUGAUGCACCUGGUCACUAUUGUCAGUGUAUUAUCGGUCUUCAUGUUCUAAGAAGGCCCAUGCGAAUAGUCAGAGACAGUCGGUGAAUGAGCGUUGCAUGAUUAAUGCGAUUCGUCGCUGUCGAUUACACGAAUACGAUGGAACAGUUCUCUACGUCACAUGUGUCCCCUGUAUAUUUUCGUACCUUGUGAAACUACCCCUGAUUAAUUUAUUAACGAGCAACCCGGUAAACGGGUAAUUUCCUCGAACUAACUCCGAUCGUAUGAAACGGAUCCGGAGGGUUCUUCUAGUAUUAGGUAUUAGCGGGACAGCUUUCCCGCGCAAGGAGGCGACAGUUUUUCGUAAAAAAAUUUUCGUCACGAAUUCUCUUUAAGCAUAUAUAUAUAUAUAUAAAAGUAUAAAAAUAUAUAAUAUAAUAUAAUAUAAUAUAAUAUAAUGUAAAUACAUUGAUUUAAUUUUAACGAUGCGUAUAUAUUUAUAAGAUGUACACAAUACACCCUUCCGUUAGCAUUUUGUACUGCGUGUUUUGUAUAAACAAUAAAUGUCUGUAAACAGUGUAA